AUGCCAAUUGGACUCACUCCUCACAUAAUUGAGAUUGAUGCUGGAGUCGAUCUACUAAGCAUUCUAUUUGAAUUUGCUCGAAGUCGUGGGAGAUCCAUCCGCAUCCUCAGUGGAACAGGAGUGGUGGCUGAUGUCACGCUUCAACAACCUAAUAGGAGAUUUGUAUCUGUUUUAGGAAUGUUUGAUCUUCUGUCAAUUCAUGGCACAAUUAUCCCGAUGUCGAGAAUGGAGUGUUUAGGAGUAUUACAAAUUACCUUAUCAGAUCCCUGGGGUGAUGAAGAUGAUGUGAUUCGAGGGAGUGUGAUCUCCCCUCUAUUGGCUUAUAGUCCGAUGCGAGUCACAGUUGUCUCCUUUUCAAAUGAUGCAUUUUAA